AGCGCAGCACGUGAGAUGAACGGCUGCGAUUUUGCGGAUCCUAUCCUCCCGUCCAUCCGGACCCGUCUGCGCUUAACGGGGCCCCCGGCUCGGCUCGCCCGCGUGGGCCGGGCCGAUAAGCACCAGCUCCGCGCCACACCUCUUCCACCUCCUCCUAUCUCUCCUGUUAUCCCCGCGCCCCCUCCGUACGGUCGGGGGAGCGUGGCCGCGGCGGGCGGCGCAGGCGCAGCUUCAGCUGCGGCUUCUUGCUCCGUACGAUUCAGAGACAUAAUGUCGCGGUACUGUGCAAAUCGCAUCUUCCUCUCCGGAGGUUCCAACAUCCUCCAUGGUCCAAAAUCUAGAGGCAGAGCCUCUAGGCGCCACAGCGCCGUCAGAUUCAGGCGGUGCUCCGUGAGAGCUAAUUUUUGGAGGACUGAUCACCUUCCUGUCAAGGUUACCCCGUCAGAGCAGAUUAUUGAGGUACUGCAAGCGUCAGAUGUUUUGGGCAGCAUCAGGAAAUGGAGCAGGUUGCAGCUGGUCACCAUGACAGGGGUGAUGGCGUGCGUGGUUCUGGUAGUCCCUUCUGCCGACGCAGUCGAUGCUCUCAAGACGUGCACUUGCCUGCUGAAGGAAUGCAGAAUAGAGCUGGCCAAAUGCAUAGCCAACCCUUCGUGUGCAGCGAACAUUGCAUGCUUGAACACAUGCAACAAUCGACCUGACGAAACUGAAUGCCAGAUCAAGUGUGGAGACCUGUUCGAGAACAGCGUAGUCGACGAAUUCAAUGAAUGUGCUGUUUCACGCAAGAAAUGUGUCCCAAGAAAGUCUGAUGUCGGCGAGUUCCCAGUCCCUGAUCCAUCUGCCCUUGUUAAGAACUUCAAUAUGUCAGAUUUUAACGGCAAAUGGUACAUUUCAAGUGGCCUAAACCCAACGUUUGACACAUUCGAUUGCCAGCUUCACGAGUUCCACGUUGAGGGAGAUAAACUAAUCGCAAACAUUGCAUGGAGAAUCCGCACUCCCGAUUCUGGUUUCUUCACCCGGUCGACUGUGCAGCGGUUUGUGCAGGACCCCUCACAACCCGGCAUACUCUACAACCAUGACAAUGAGUUCCUGCACUAUCAAGAUGACUGGUACAUUAUCUCAUCUAAGGUUGAGAACAAGGAUGAUGACUACAUAUUUGUAUACUACCGUGGGAGAAAUGACGCAUGGGAUGGUUAUGGUGGGUCUGUUUUGUACACAAGAAGUAAAACUGUCCCUGAAACAAUAAUACCUGAGCUGGAAAGGGCUGCGAAGAGUGUAGGUCGGGACUUCUCAACGUUCAUCAGGACUGACAACACCUGUGGUCCUGAGCCUCCUCUUGUGGAGAGAAUCGAGAAGACUGUGGAGGAAGGAGAGAAGACCAUCAUCAGGGAGGUGAGGGAGAUCGAGGGAGAGAUUGAGGAGGAGGUCGAGGAACUAGAGGAGGAGGAAGCGACACUGUUCCAGAAGCUGGCAGAAGGUCUCAUGGAGGUGAAACAGGAUCUGAUGAACUUCUUUCAAGGGCUGAGCAAGGAAGAGAUGGAGCUGUUGGAUGAGAUGAACAUGGAAGCGACUGAAGUUGAGAAAGUCUUCAGCCGUGCAUUGCCACUAAGGAAACUAAGGUAGCUCUAGCAGCAAAGGACUUGGAGAAAACAGGCCUUCAAGAAGUGAUCAACAUAAAUUCUAUUUGCCACAGCCGUACCUAUAGUAACAGAUUGUUGAACAGACAGCAAACAUUUUCUUUCCCCCCUCUUUUUGUGGUCACAACAUAUUGCCAGAUUAGCCCUACUUGUAAAGCAUCAGAGAUUAUGUUUUUUUUUGCCUAAUUGAAAAUAAGUAUAUAUAUAUAUA